UCGAUUGGAUUCCGAUGGACGGCGGGGAUCCCCCGAUUCCCUCUCCCCCUCCCCUCUCCCUCCUCUUUUAACCACCUCCCCGAGCCCCGACCCUCCCCCGUAGCCUCGCCACUCGCCUCUCGCCUCACUCCUCCUCGGCCUCACGCUCCCCAAGAACUCAAGAAGACGACGAGGGCAAGCCGCGGCCGCCGCCGUAGCCACCGCCGGGGGGGUUCCGUCCGAGGUGACCAUGUCCACGGCCACGAGGAAGCGUCCCCGGAACAGCGGCUCCGCGUCCCGGAGCAGCGGCGGCUCCACGCCGUCGCCGUCGCCGUUCGCCAUGCGGCGGACCACGAGCCUGUCGGACCUCGCGGCCCCGCCGCAGGAGAUGGUGGCCGGGCGCGCGCCCGCGCGGACGGCGAUGGGUGAGGCGUCCGCGGCCGGGGCGGGGUCGUCCGUGUGGGGCGCCGGGAUGAAGCGGCACUCGGCGUCGGCGGACUGCUUCACCGUGCCGGAGGCGGCGUUCCUCAAGGUCUGCGGGCUCUGCGAGCGCGGCCUCGGGCCCGGACGCGACACCUUCAUCUACAUGGGUGAGGUGGCCUUCUGCAGCCAGGAGUGUAGGCAGCAUAAGAUGAACCUCGAUGAGCUCAGGGAGAAGAAGUGCUCCACUCCGGCCGGCGGCGGAGGCGGUGACGGCUCAGACCCGUCCGGCAAAAGCAGCACCAUAGCAGCUGCUUAGCAUGGUCAGAGGUGGGGAAAUCAAGCUAAGAAAAAUUUUGGAACCCUUGUACAGGGCCCAAAUGCAUUAGUCUGCAUCAGCAUAUGUAUAUCCUAUAUUUGUGGAGUUGCUGUGUGUAUAUUGGUGGGAAGGGAACUAGGGAAGAGAUUGGAACUGGGCAUGCAUGUCUGCAAUAGGUUUGCAAGGCAUCUGGGCCUGUGGGGAUGUGCCUGUUGAACCCUGGUGCAGAUUAGGACUGGGAUCUGCUCCUGUUUUGUUAAAUUUUCCUGAAGGAAGAACAUAAGUUCUCCAAAUUAUUGGCAAAUCCGCUAGCUUCUUUUUAAAAAAAAUUUAAGAUGUUUGAUGCAA